UAUUAUUGAAUCGCGUAAAACUCAAACGCGCAAUAAUAACGCGCAUCCAAGGAUGCCCAGGGAUGAAAGAAAAGUGUAAGUUCAGUUGGAUUAAUUCCAGAAAUCAAGAAUACCAUUGAACAACGCGUGUAACAAUAGAACUGUCCAAUAAUGAAAAGCUAUGAAUACCGUCGGGUUCCAGGCAUCCGUGCCUCUGUUUCUGUAAAUAAAUGCGCUUACUCGUCCGAACCCCGAAAAACUUGUGCAUAAGGGGAAACGCAAGAAUUGCAGGAAAAAAACAUAGCACGCUCGAUCGAGGUUUUCGGCCGAUUCACGAGCAUGUUAAAUUAAAACUCUCGGUUAAAAAUAGACCCAUCCGACUUUGCUUAGCCUGCAAUCAUCCAUCACCGCAACUACCGUACUGCACGCAAUCCUUUAUUUUCAUUGGACCACUGACCUACCUAUCGAAGACUUAGACCUUUUUUUUUUUUUUAUACUAAUCCUGCAUAAAUUUCCCGAUUUGAAGCACGCUUUACGCCCAUCGUUUUGAAUAACAAACGAUCCCAACUUUACUGUUAUGUAUACGUUAUGCGAUAUCGCCAUUGUGCAAGGAAACCCGUAUCAAAUGCAUAAAUAAUGCAAGGAUUCCUCGCAUGCAUUCGAUUUGAAUGAAAUUUUCUUCGCAUUUUACAGAUUUCAGCGCCUGACAGCGCGGCGGGGCGGCCCCAAUGCCGAGCAGGAAGGGCCUCCUCGCCCCACAGAAUACUUUCUUAGAUACUAUCGCCACCCGUUUCGAUGGAACCCACAGCAACUUUGUGCUGGGAAAUGCGCAGGUUCCGCCGUCCUAUCCGAUCGUUUACUGCUCCGACGGUUUCUGCGAGCUGACAGGAUUCGCGCGAGCGCAAAUCAUGCAGAAGGGUUGCGCUUGCAAGUUUCUACAUGGCCAGAAAACGAAAGAAGAGGAAAUUGGGAUGAUCGACAAGAGUCUCGAGAGCAAGACGGAAUUGAAGAUGGAGGUCGUGUUUUAUAAGAAGACCGGUGAACCAUUCCAUUGCUUGCUCGACAUUGUCCCGAUAAAAAAUGAAAAAGGCGACGUCGUUCUGUUUUUGGCGUCGCACAAGGAAAUCAAAAAGGAUUUUCAGCUCCGUGAGUUGCACGAUAGUGAUGCAAAUGGUAGCCUCGAUCCGGAGGCACCGCCGGCUAAUUACGGCAGAAGAAGGAGUCGCGCCGUUCUUUAUCAACUAUCAGGCCAUUACAGACAGGACAAUAAGCCCAAAAUUAAGUUGAACAAUAACCUUCUGCAUUCUACUGCGGCGCCUUUACCAGAGUAUAAAACAUCCGGGAUAAAAAAACCUCAAUUCAUCUUGAGCCACUACGGCUGCUUCAAGUCUUGCUGGGACUGGUUGAUACUACUCGCAACGUUUUAUGUGGCGAUCGUCGUCCCUUUUAAUGCGAGCUUCAUUAAUACCGACAGGCCUACGAUGGUCAGCGACGUUGUCGUCGAAGCCCUCUUUAUAUGCGAUAUAGUUCUGAACUUCAGAACGACGUACGUGAGCAAGAAGGGCGAAGUCGUCAGCAACAGCAAAUGCAUCGCCGUGAACUACGUAAAGGGCUGGUUCGUCGUUGAUCUGAUCGCGGCCCUGCCGUUUGAUUUUCUUUACGCAUCCGACGUUUACAGCGGCGAGGAAUCGGGACACAGUAACAUACAUUUAGUAAAGUUAACAAGGUUACUAAGGCUGGCGCGGUUACUUCAAAAGAUGGAUAGAUACGCGCAAUAUAGCGGCGUGAUAUUGACAAUGUUAAUGCUCAGCUUUAUCACGUUGGCGCAUUGGAUGGCCUGCGUUUGGUUCGUAAUCGCUGAAAAGGAAAGACUAAAAAACGACAGCGACUGGGACCUAGGUUGGAUUCACACGCUGGCGGAUAGAUUAAAGAUCUCCGUGCAAAAUGUAACGCACGCGGAAAGUUACAUCACAGCAUUGUAUUUCACUUGUAGCAGCUUAACGUCAGUAGGAUUUGGCAACGUUUCGGCCAACACGUUCUCCGAAAAGCUAUUCUCCAUUUGCGCGAUGCUUAUUGGCGCUCUGAUGCAUGCUGUGGUGUUCGGUAACGUGACGGCGAUUAUUCAAAGACUUUACUCUAGAAAAUCGCUGUAUCAAACAAAAUUAAGGGAUCUCAAGGAUUUUUUCAUAUUGCAUCAGAUCCCCGACGAACUGAAACAGCGAAUGCAGGACUACUUUCAGACAAUGUGGUCCCUGAAUCACGGUAUCGACAUACACGAGACCCUCGAGCAAUUCCCCGAGGAACUCAGGGGAGACGUAUCGAUGCAUUUACAUCGGGAGAUUUUGAGUUUACCGAUAUUCGAGGCUGCUUCUCAGGGCUGCCUGAAACUGCUCUCGCUACGCAUUAGAAAUAAUUUCUGCGCACCUGGGGAAUAUCUCAUUCACAAAGGCGACGCGCUAUCGUACAUCUAUUACUUAUGUAACGGUUCCAUGGAAGUUGUGCAGAACGACAUGGUCGUUGCUAUCUUAGGUAAAGGUGAUCUCGUCGGCUCGGACAUAAAGGUGCACCUGCAACACAACAGUAACGGUGGCGGAACGCAUGGAGGUGGUACAGGUGCCACGGACGUUAUAGUGAAAUCCAGCAGCGACGUUAAAGCGUUAACUUAUUGCGAUUUGAAGUGCAUACACAUGCAAGGUCUGGUCGAAGUUCUUCGGCUCUACCCUGAGUAUCAACACGAAUUCGCGAACGAUAUACAACAUGAUCUUACGUACAAUAUACGGGAGGGGUACGAGGCUGAGCAAGAGUCUGACAUGAACGGGCCGUCGUUGACGCUACCGUCGAUCAGCGAAGACGACGAAAAUGUGCCCGACGAAGGGGAAACUUCCCCUCUAUCGCCACCGAAUAAAUCGCCCUUGCAUACGUCGAGUCCACGACACGCUAAGUUUAGGGAAGAGUAUCGAGAAGGCAGAAGAGCCGUAAGAGGAGUCCUGGUGAGAGGUAGAGCGGCUCAGGUGAUGGCGCAAGAGUCUGUCGAAGAACAUAUCCGAGGAUCGGUGGAAAGACUUGACACUCAAUUCUCAACACUACAUCACGACGUCGCUACGCUCAGUUGCGAGGUCAGAAACGCGAUUCAAGCCCUACAAAUACUGGCAUGCUCGCCGCAAAGUAAUCCGAAUUUGCCAAUGCCUGUGAAUCGCGGCAGCGGUGUUUUGGCAAGGAGCUCGUCUCAUCCCCCCGACGCAAUAUGCUGGAAUCCUCCUGCAAGGGUGUGCGAUGCGGCAACGCAAACAGAUUGGCCCGUGGACGUGUUCGAUGCCUGGGUUCGGGCGAAUCCUCACAGAGUUCUCAGGAUUCUCGAGCUCGAUCCAGAUACUCUUUUGAGGCAACCACGAUCGCCGACACCGUCUCCGUCUUCGCCUCCACCGCCACCGUACGAACCUCUAUCGCCUGUUGCAGGCACGCCACCCCAAUCGCCAUCCCCAUCGCAAGGAAAGGACAGUUUCGUUUACGGAAAUCGCGGGGAGCGACACAUUCCUCGUUUAUACAGGCCAGCGCAUUCUACCUGGGAUCCUGAGAAUAAACACCGGUACAGCGCCGGCGAUGCCGAGAACGCGUCUUUGUAUCAAGCGUUCGGUAACCUGCGUCAACUACCAGAAUCGAGAUCACUGAAAUUCGAUCCAUUCGAUAAUUGAGCAUCUACGGAGACAUAUCAGAAAUCCACGAAAACAGAAUGCUCGUGCAAUUCAACGUGGGCGUUUCUACAUGCUGGAGGAAGAACAGUCUGGUCGCUAUACUUUAAGAUUGAAUGGAAUAUUAUAACGAUAUUUUCGUCGGGCUGAUUUUUCAAACAUUUUUGAUCAAGUCGUUCCAAAUAACGUACGAAAUAUUUUACGUUUCUAAUACCCAGUACUGACGAGAAUAAUAAAAUUCUAAAGCUGGUACCGUAAGCUUGGUAGAUGUAUACAAUAAAAUGACUUUCAUAAUUUUUGUCAUAACCAGAGUUUGAAGCGACGUGAAUUCGUAAAAAAGAGGUAUUAACGAAUACAAAGGUAACGAAAUCUUCUAUGAAAAAAUGUAUAACGUACCUUUUCCAUACAGUCAAUAAUUUACAAGCAACGCUGAUUGCGAAGUUGCUUGACUUACGCGUUGGUUUACGAAAGAUAUUAAUGUACGUUCCAAUUAUUUACCCUUUUCAUUGGUUUGCUUUCAUUUCAACGUUUUAAACGUUAGCCCUGAGUAUAAUUUUUCAGUAAACCUAAUUUCAAGAUAUCGACGAGGAACAAAUGUUUCAUUUCAUAGGAAUAUUUUACACGUUAUUUACGACGACUUGUAAAAAUCGAAAAAUCGGUUCGAUAGGACUAUUUUUAUAAUCGAAUACAAAGUGACUGGACUACAACGAGAAACCGCGUUCUCAUACCAUGAGUUUGUAAAGUCUGUACAUUUUUUACAUACGCGAAACAGAGACACUCGUAUUCCCAUUCGAUGCGACUGUUACAAAUGACGAUGAUCGAAAUUAUCCCCUUCCGUUAAUCUCAUCGCGAUAGUCGCAGGAAUUGCUCGGGCGACAAUUAGCGUGGAUGAACUAUUUCGACGAUACAGUGGAACCUCAUUUAUGUAAACUAGUCGGGGGUAAAAAGUGUUCAGAUAAGAGAAUUUUUACGUAAUAGAGCAAUAAGUGGUUGGCACUCAAUUUUACUCGAUACCCAAGGCGAAACGAAAUAAAACAAAUACAGUUUGUUUGUAGAUAAUUCUGUAGAUAAAAUAGAAACUAGAAAAGAAACGAUACCGUUCGAUCCGAAGUUCGAUUUCCAAGUUUUCGAGCUUCGGAAGUAAUCGUGGGUAUUCAACCACCAAUAACAAACCACCGAAACAGAACAUUGAACAUUGUUUUCUGUCACUAAUGGUUUUUCGAGUUGUCGAAGUAUCUUCAUUGGCUCUAAUUAGUUUCUAAUAGCACAUUUUCGGUUUCGUCUUAGAUCGGCGAUGGUAGACUUUGCAACACCAUAUUUUUGCGCUAGAUUUGUUGCACUGUCCCCACGUUCGACUUUCCUUAAUCGUCGAUACUAACGCGUUUCUAGUUUGGUGAUGUACCGUUACACAUACUCUACCAAUUUAAUAGCGAAUAGUUCUGAAUAGAUUUAUAUAGAAGGAAAUAUGUAAAUACUUGUAUGUUUAUGUACAUACAGUAUUGUAAUAGGAAAUAUACAGUUCAUACAUAAUAGAGUGUUCACAUAACGAAGGUUCUACUGUAUUCCAUCGUAUCGAGAAACAUUUAUAGAAUCUAUCUAAUUUUCCGAAAGAGAAGAACGUUAACGAAGUCUCGCUCUUUUCUUUUGCUGCGAGGGGUGUAUUUAAUUAAAUGGUCCAUUAUUUGUUACAGAGGUUACCUCGCACAAAAUUUGAUUAAAUUUCUCUGAAAUAAUUACAGACAAUUAUUAAAGUAAAAAGGUAAUUUUGAUUUCGAUUGAAAGGUAAAUUCCACCGAUUGAUUCACUGCUUCAUUCGCACCCUCUUUGGAUAAAUCGUGUCAAAAUUAUUAUAUAAAAGGUGUAAAUAAUAAAUGGUUCAAGUCAAACGAGACGAAAUCAGGAAGUUGAAGAGCGACGGCAUCGCCUCCGCUAAUUUCAAACGUUUGAUGCCCCCAUUUAUCCGGUCCGAAAGCCUUCAAAAAGAGCACGUGUACAAUCAUAACUCCGAAUAAAACGAUAAACGCGAUUAAUCUCAUUCUAUCAGAACGUUUUUACACAACCCAUAUUUUUCCAUCGACUCUUCAAACGCGAGCAUUUGGAAUUCGGAUUGAGAUGUAAAUAUUGGAUAAAUAUUUCUCUUUGAAAGAAUUUUCGCUUUUACCAUUCCAUGUAUGUGCGUGUUGCUGUGAUUGAUUAAAUUUAAUUAAGAGAAACUGUUUCGUUCGAGUCAUCGCCACGUGUUUCCUCCAAACCUGUGUUUAUCAAUCGCGAUGAGUUCGCUGAUGAAAUAAAUCAGCGGGACCCGUUCGCGAGCAAUUAUCGGGUAUCGGGAAACGUUCGACGUUCCAUAGCGUGAUCUUUUCCGAAACGGGAAGACCACGAAUAAUACCACAGGAAAGAAACCUUGAACUUUAGCGUAGCAAUAAUGUGCACAACAAAUUUCCAUGUAUCCGCCGACGUCCGAAUUAGAUUAAUAGUUACUGUAAAGUAGUCGUUAAUUCGACAAUUUAUUAGGGUGAAUUAAAAGUUUCGGUGAAUUAAAAUCCUCUCAUUUUGCUUCCUUCUUCUGUGGUCUCCUUUAACGAAUGUUUAAACUAACUAAAGGUAUUUAAAUCGAAUUCUAUGAAAACAGAACAAAAUUUAUAAUUCGAGUCACUCCGUUAUAAACUCGUUGAAACACUGGUUGGAAAAAGAAAGAAAACGUAAAAGAAAGAGACAUCGGAAUAAACUUUUGGUUCACCCUAAUAUUGUCUGAUUCAGAGCCGUUAAUUUCCAAAAUAGGUAAAACAUGACACAUCAUAGUUAGAGAUCGAUCGACCGAUGUCGAGAUGAAUGUACCAUAAAAUAUAUAUCGCGCGAGUGCAUGUCCAAUUGUAAGUAACUCUUGAACGAAGUUAAUGUAAAUAGUAUACAUACAUAUACAUACAUAUAUCGCUAUGGGAAAUAUGUGAUAAGGCACGGCUUUGGCCAUGCACGACAAUUAUAUUCGUUCAUCUUUCAUCGUCAUUUGUGAAGAUCUUCCGGUAACGAAGGUUGCUCGUGAGAUUAUAGUAUUUAAUAGUUGCAUCUCGAUGAAUGUAGAAGGAUGAAAUUGAAUUAUAACUUUCGAGGAUACACCUAUCCCUCGAAUUCCACGGAAUAUCCUGUAAAUUCUAGUAACGGCUUUUUAUAUAAAAUACUGUGUAAAACGAACAAAAAAAAAGACCGCAUAUGAUUCACGCAGUUAUUUCAUUGCAUUCGUUUAUUUCGAAGUAAAGCGAAAGUAAAGUACAAAUGAAAAACAAAAAAGAUCAGUCCGUUCUUGAAGUAACGAAUCUAUAAAACUAUACUUUAUAAUUUGAAUGUUGUUUUCUAAGAAUAUACUUCUUUUUUAGUGUUGAAUUAAAAAUCGUGGAAAAGCGGAAUCGCGUACGAAAAGUAUCGUGUUAAUCAGAGGGUUAGGUGUAUUGGAAAGAAUAUCGUUCGGUAUGAAUGACUCUCUGAGAGAUUAUUCUGUCGGACGAACGUUAUUAUUCAAACGGUGACCAAUAAUCAUAAAGCAUUGCGUGUCCCGCGUGUAAUAAAGUAGAAAUCAGUUUAGACGACGAGGGAUAAGGUAUCUAUAGUUAUUACAACAUCGUGAUUUCACAAAUGUCAAUGAAAGCCGCUGUUUUAUAAAUAUUUCAUAUAUUUUGUUAUACUGUUUCUAUGCUCCACACACCUUAUCAUUCAAGCUAAACGUAUCGUAAUGUUGUCUAACCUAUUUCACGUACACUACUACUUUUUACACUGUUCGAGCGACUAUAAAGGAAAACAUUCGUCAUUUUAAUAUCUACGGAAAAAAAUGUCAGCGAGCACAAAAUACGAUUAUAUUAUCUCUUAACGCGCACUCGAGUGCGCCCGAAGUAGACGAAUUCUCAAACAAUGUUCAAAACGUGUACAAUUACCAUUCGACAUUUCGAUCUCGAAAUAAAGCGAAAGGACGAAAGAAUUGUUAUUCGUGUUGAUUAUGAUAACGUGUAAAUCAUCGAUGCGUGUGUAUAGAUUUAUGUACAUACAUGUACAGCGAGUAAUUUUAAUAUUCGAACGUCGUACAGUGUUUACUUCGCGGCUUCGUAUUCUUCUAUUCGCAGCUUUAAAAACAUCUCUGUCUCUUUGGAGUACGUAUUUCAAAAUUCUGUUAACAAACAAGCAAUUUGGCCAUUAGAUUCCCUUGGCGGUUAUGAUCAUGACAACACAAUUCUUUAUGAACUUCUCUCUCUCUUCCCCACUUCCUCCCCUUUACAAAACUGCCAGAGUAGUAUUUGGUUCUCGUGUAAUUGAGAGCUGAGUUUUCCAAUAAAAAAUUAUUUACGCGAAAAUAGAUUCAAACGAUUCCGAUAAUAAAGUUACUCGCUGUGCGUAUCUAACCGUUCCCCGUACGAACAUAGCGAUUAAGUUCACGUUGAGAAGCAAGGAUAUCAAAUAACGAGAAGCUUAGCUGAACUUGGUUAAAUUUUUUAUCGUACGAUUUUUAAUCACACUAGAUAGAGGAUUUCGAAUCAACGGCCUUAAAAUAAAUAUUUAUUUUUCUCACUGCUUUUAAAUACCAAGGAAAAAACUGCAAAUGUGCGUCUGCUAAAUCGUCAUCCGAGAAAUCGAAUAAUUAAACAAUUCGAAUCGCCGUAACGUAAAGCGAAUUUUGGCAGCGGCGUCAAAUACCAGGAUACGUUACAUCAGUUGAAAAUAUUGCUACCGUACAAAUGCAAAAAGAGAAAUCUCUGAAGUGACAGAUUAUAUUUGUUAUUACACUUUCUCAGAGUAACAAGACGUUGAAGAAGUAUCGUUGUUAACGAACGUAACAGCUUGAGCGGGAGAAGAACUCUUUUUUUGAAAAUGCUUUCACAACUAAAGUUUCCGUUUUUAUCUUGCGCCUAUUGUACAAACAUUUUCAUUGAUUAUUUCAGAGACAUGCCGUGUUACAUUGAUAUGCGUAUUAAAGUUUUUAGCGACACAGAAGAUAAGUAGCGAACACAAUCGAUAAGAAAAAGAGUCCUAUCCACACUUCUGAAAUAUUUCAGCCGAUUGUAAAUAUUCUGAAAUGCUUAUUGUACAGUGUGCAUCGUAUAAUUGGCAUCCUUUGUUCAUUCGUCUCAUUAUAAAAAAAAAUGUCGAAUAAAAUUAAUCACCGAAAGACUUCAACACAGUUUUCAUUCGAAACGCGUUCUCUGGUUCUAUGCUUUCAUAUAUAAUUCUCUGUUUUGAUAUAUAAUUGUUGAUAAAAUUGCUAUAAAAUAUUGUCCCUUCCUCUUGACGGUUCAAAUUGUUAUCGCUAUAAUAACUAUCUAUCGAUAAACGCAAAACUUAGGUUUCCGACCUGUGAUCAACUCCGUCGACGGUGAAACGUCGAACAGUUUCCACUCAUAAUCCUAGAUAGCGCUACGUUAUGAAUUCUCUCUACCGAUAUUACAGAAUACAUUCAAAAUACAUGAAUCAAUCGAACGUCACUGAUAGGUGAUAUAUUUUAUUCUAUCGUGUGUAGAAAUACGGAGCAUUUCAAAUUAU